CGUUGCUACAGCGGUAAAACCAGACUGGAUAUUUAGUCUCAUUUUCAAAAGUUGCCUCAAAUAAUUUGCAAAUGGAGUUAAUGACAGAACGUUAUUUUCAAAAACCACUACGACUGAGUCAUAGUGCAUCAAAUUUACCAGAUAUUUUGCAAUAUGCAAGAUCAGGAUCUUCAGGAAGAUUUGAUGAUAUAACAGAAGGCAGUUAUCCAGCUAUUUAUACGCACAGGAAUAUCAGAUCAUUUGCACCCUGGCGCCCCAAGUCUCAUUUUUCCCCGGACCGAUUAUCUUAUUUUAAUGAUGACAAGUCAGCAAAAUCACUGGGUCCCAUUGUCAACGUUACUGGAGAUUCGCUAGGUUUACAUGAACUGGAGGGUUUAAGAAUUCCUUCUAUAUACUCAGCUGCACGCAACGCUUUAUACACAAGAUAUACGCCUGCCGACUGGACUAAGGGUAACUUUACUCGGCUGUCAAACUCAGAGCAGGCAAUGAAGAGAGCUGAACAUAUAAGAGGAAAUGGAGAACGUUUGGGAGUUGAAGCAGAUGACAGAAUUAAACGAGCACAACAGGAAGUUGGCAGACUACUUGGUCAAAGAAUUAAUGAUAUCAAUUAUAUGAAACAUGAAUUAAAUAACGAAAUUGAUGCACUUAUUAAUGAAAUGAAUAAGUUAAAUGAAUCUAAACGAAUUGCUGAAAAAGCAUUCGCCGAAAUUGAAAAUCCAUUACAUAUUACACAAGAAUGUUUAUAUCAUCGGGAAAAACGUCAAUCUACUGACCUUGUACAUGAUCAACCAGAAAAAGCACUUUUAAAAGAAAUUGAUGGAAUAAAAGUUUGUCAAGAACAAAUUAAAAAUAUUAUAAAUCGUGCUACAGCACAAUUAAGUUUAUGUCGUAGUGUUCAACAUGAAUUAGAACAAGAUAGUUCAGAUAAAUUUAGGGCAUUACAAUUGGAUCAAUUAGCUCAUCAAUUACGUAAUUCAUCGGCUAAUAUUGCAUUAUAUGGUGAUAUUGAGAAAUUAGAAAAAUGGAUGAGUGUACCGGAAAAAUGGGCUGAACACACAAGCGCUAAUUUAAAACGUUCUCAAGCUGAACGUGCAGCAAGUCGAUCUAUUCGUGAAGCAAUUGAACAUUGUUUAGGAGCAACAUUCAGUAGAAUACGUGAUUUAUGGUCUUCAACUAAUGCAUGUUUAUCUCAACGUAUACAAGAAACAAUGGAAGCUAAGAAUAGAAUACAAGUUCAAUUGGAGAAAAUUAAUCAAGAAUUAUUUGAUGUUGAAAAGAAUAUGGAAUAUUUAAAAAGAUGUAUAGCUGAUAAACAAGCACCAUUGAAAGUGGCUAGAACAAGAUUAGAUUUACGUAAUCGACGUCCAAAUAUUGAAUUAUGUCAUGAUGAUCCGCAUGAAAGAUUAUUACGUGAAAUAGCAGAAUUACAAGAAUCAAUUGAUCGACUUGUCAGUCAAUUAACAGAUAUACAAACAGCACAUCAAGAUUUAUUAAAUAAUAAAAGUCGUUUAGAAAUGGAUUUAUCUAUUAAAGCUAAUAGUAUAUAUAUUGAUCGUGAAAAAUGUUUAGGUUUACGUAAAACAUUUCCAAUGAAUCCUUCUUUAAUUGCACCAGUUUAA